AUGUGGACUACAAUAUAUUGCUCGGUCGUGACUGGAUCCAUCAGUCCGGAUGCAUACCGUCCUCCCUUUUCCAAUUGUUGUUCUUUUGGGACGGUCAGAGGAUAUCCAUACACCCGGCCAACGAAAAAACCCUUCGAAACCAACACCGGGCAAGCACGGAUUUACGACGACUACGUUGGAUGGGUUGUCCUCACCGGCCACGAUGCAAGCGGCCAACCAACCAGGACAACGACCCAAAAAGUGCUGGAGUUAGGCGCCGAUAAUGUUCGACAGGAUUCAGCGCGUGAAGUAUUGAUCGACCUCACUAGCCUUUAG